GGGCCCGCUACUUGCACCUGACCGGAGUCGCAGUGGCCUGAGGCUGAGGCUGAGGCUCAGCCUUAGAUCUUCCGAACGCAAAUUGCCCUUUUCUGUCUGCUCUGUCGCGGCUCGUCUUCUGGCGCUCGCUCAUCUGGUGAAGGAAGGCAACCCUUGGAGCAGCGAUCAGCAGCUCAAGGCAGCAGCAAAGCAGCACUCUCUCCAGCCAGCGAGCAAUCAUCAUCCACCGCUCCAUCGACUGAUCGGCCCGCUCGCCCCAUCUAGCUAUCGGUCUGCUUGGAGUGCUCCUCGGGGUCGUUCGUUGGUCGUUUGUUGGAGGGAAGGAGGAGGAGGCGGAGGUAGAGGCAGAGGCUGCAGGCGUCGUUGGCGUUGGCUUGCGAGGUUAUUGUUGUUUCCUCGUUAGAGUGUGUGUGCGUCGGGAGAGUGCGAAGAGGAGGAUUAGGAGGAGGAGCUGAAAUCUUGGUGGGAGGCGGAAGCGCGUUUAAGGGCGAAAGGGAGGACGUUCGUCGAGGAUUAGCGAUGGCGGCCCGAGACGAGUUGAGGGAGGAAAAUGUGUACAUGGCAAAGCUUGCCGAGCAAGCCGAGCGGUACGAUGAGAUGGUAGAAGCUAUGGAGAAGGUAGCCAAAACUGUCGAUGUCGAGGAGCUUACCGUCGAGGAGCGAAACUUGCUCUCCGUGGCGUACAAGAACGUCAUCGGGGCACGCCGUGCGUCGUGGAGGAUUAUUUCCUCCAUCGAGCAGAAGGAAGAGAGCAAGGGUAACGACGACCACGUCGCCAUGAUUAAGGAUUACCGAGCGAAAGUCGAGUCCGAGUUGAGCACCAUCUGCGAGAGCAUUCUGAACCUUCUUGACACCCACCUGAUCCCCACAUCUACCACCGGGGAAUCGAAAGUUUUCUACUUGAAGAUGAAGGGUGAUUACCACCGGUACCUUGCGGAGUUCAAAACCGGCGCUGAGAGGAAAGAAGCAGCAGAGAGUACAUUGCUCGCUUACAAGUCCGCGCAAGAUAUCGCUCUGACCGAGUUGGCCCCUACUCAUCCGAUCCGAUUGGGACUUGCCCUCAAUUUCUCAGUCUUCUACUACGAAAUAUUGAACUCACCCGACAGAGCGUGCACCUUGGCGAAACAGGCGUUCGACGAAGCGAUUGCCGAGCUUGAUACACUAGGAGAAGAGUCGUACAAGGACAGCACGCUCAUCAUGCAACUUCUACGAGACAACCUAACUCUCUGGACAUCAGAUAUGCAGGAGGACGCCGGAGAUGACACCAAGGAAGCCAAAACCGAGGAUGCCGAGGACAGUUAAUUGAGCCGAUGGUCUUCUAAGGGGAAUGUUAAAAGUUGCAGCAAUCAUGUGAUUGGAGAGUGUGGGAAUUGGGCCCAUUUGAACCUGGAGAGAGUGCAGUAGGACAUCUGCUCUGGUGAUUGUCAGCUCCUUCUUAAAGAAGGCCUUGAUCUGGCAAGAUAAAUCCAUCCACAGAUCGCUAGACUAGAAUGGUCUAUUGCAGUCGCAAGGCUCUUGCACUCUUUGUAAAAUUUUGAGAAGAUUGCUUUUCCUUGCCAGCACUGAGCUAGUUGCCAGCAUCAAGGACUAGCUGCAUUUACAUAUAUCAUUAUAUCACUUAGCACAUGAAAGCAUUGGACAAAUGUCGCGGAGCCUUUUUUCACUCUGGCAUUUGGCUGGCCGGCUUGAAGCAUCAACGAGAAGGCAAGGGAAGUGUCCGGACGUGAUUAGCCCGGAUAGAAUACACUAAGAGGUCAGGUCUUUUGAAGUCGUGUGGAUCUCCUUUAAAACGUCUUAAGAAUAUCGUGCAGCGAUUCAUGUUUCUGAACAAUUGAAGGACAGGGCAGUCUGCUUUGCGAUGACGCCGAAGAGUUUGUUGUGAACUUGUUUGGGAUGAACAUAUGAGGUGAAUUAUUUAGUAGGUUAUGAUAUCAUGUCUCGCAUGGUGCUUGUUGUUUUAGGCUUAUUAGGUUUUGUCUAUAUAAGAAAGUCGCAAGCUUGUACGCGUUGCUCUUUGCAGCAAAUAAGGUAUUGAUGGGUUGUCGUCACCAAUGGUUGGUUUGGUUGGUCGGUCGACUGUAGUGUUAAGAAGGU